UCACACCGUGUGACCAGCCUCCAGACCCUCUACCCCUCCCUCCCUCGUCCAGUAGGCCUUUAACAACAACCCGUCUCCACAAACCCGCGGACACCGAGGCCGUGCUGUGAUGCGAUGCGGUUCUAAUCCUUGGCUCUUUCUUGAGUAGCCCGUUCGCGUGUUGGUGGACUCCGGUGGUUUGCUAGUGGAUACGGCGAUCGAGGGUAAUAGUACUAUAAUAGGAGAUCGUUCGUCACUUGUGUGGUCUUUCCUUGUGAGCGCAGGUGCUUCCCCACUUGUCACUGACCAGACAUCUGUAUCAUGCUAGAGACGCACGUGCUGUUGCUUGUGAUUCGAACCUGGACUGUCUGAGCCUUAGAAGAGCAAUUCCUUGAUCCGGUUUUCUUCAGCGCUUUUCUUUUUGUCAGUUCAUGCCAGCUCUCCUCCAUCUCAUAACAACAGCAAGAAAAGAGAACGUGCUCACCUCAGUUACCUCAGAAAACGACAAGACUCCACGCUUACUACGCUGCUCUUUUGAGAAGGGAGAUUAUCUCGAAAAGUAAAAAUCAUCUAAUCAUCAUGAGUAGUAUGAACGAGUUCAGCUCUCCUUGCACCGACGAGCCCCUGGCCGGGAACCCCAGAGUCCACCAAGAGGGCCGGGAGUACUACGAGCGCAACGCCAAGUCGGCCAACUGGUUCUCCCACGAGAACGGGCUGACAGCACCCAAACCCGAAGCCCGCCUGCGAUCCGACGCAGCCCGCGACAACGCCAUGAAGAACAGGGGGAGUAUGUCGGACAACAUGAAGGGUUACGCCAACCCUGCGGUGGAGAGGAGCGUACAUCCACGGGCGGUGAAGGGCGAGGCCGAAGCCAAUGCCGUGGGCAGCAAGGGAGGGAAUAUGAGAAACCUCAUGGAGAAUUACGGAAACUUGGAAAUUUCUCCACGCCCAGGAGCCAAGGUGAAAGGCUGGGAGGCGGAGGAGUACAAGGAGAGGGAGCAGGGGUCCACCAAGGUCCUCCUCAACCACUACAGCACUGACCCUGUGCCAGCCUCCGAGAUGCCACCCGCACCCAGGCUGGGGCUGGGAGGAGAGGAGGUGGCAGAGAAGCACCGCGGUGAACAAAUGGGUCCCCUGAUGAGGCUGGAGGGCAACAAGACACCGCGGGAGCCCAAGGUGGGCAGACUGCACCAAACGUCGACUGGCAGUGGCUGGGAUGAGAUUCCACCCCAGCAUCGCAUGCGGCCUGAGGGGGAGGGAAUUGCCCAGAAGAACAGCUCCGACUCCAUCAACGACAUCAUCCUACAGAACAACGCCACGCCCCCACAGAGGAAGGGGGUCAAGGUUCUGAAACACAUGACUGAAUCGGACUCUCCACGCAAUACCCCUCACCAGCGUGUGAGACUAGAUGGCAUCAAGAACCUGGAGCGAGCCAACAACCGAGAGGAAAUGUCGGCCAUCAUGCAUGGUUCGUCCACACCUUCACAGGCACGGCCGGCCAGCGGCAAGAAAGUGUUGCCCCACCUCCAGCGCUCCGAGCUGUGGUAGACGUCGUAUGAUGAUGACACAACGACAGCGACAACGCUUCAGAGUUGUGGGGAUGAAAGGAUGGCCUUUUCUGCAACUCAUUCAAAGGGCUGUUUUCUGCAGCUUAAGUCGCAAAGGCGGAGUUAUGUAUGAAGAGGCAGCUUACCUCAAGCGCUUUAGUGUUGUGAAUUUUUGGAUCAUAUUCGAUUCAUAUUUUACCGCUUUAGGAUGGAUACGGAGAAGGAUGUGUAUUCUGGCCUUCUCUCCAUCUUGCCUUAACUGAGUGCUGUUGGAUGUUUUGUCCACGGAGCUCAGUGAGUGAGUGAGACGAGCAAGCCUUGUAUCAUGUAGGGAUUUUAUUGCAUUGUAUUCAGUAACUUAGCAGCAGAAUGCCGUAUGCUGGUCGUGUAUCUAUAUUGAAUGGUGGUUGGUUUUCAGAAACUGCGGUCUGUUUGUUUUUUGUCCCAUGUUUUGAUGAUUUCUGUGGAUGAGUUUGAGAUGGCAGUUCUUUACUUUUUGUAAGUAGGUUUCAGGUCUCCUUUAAUUUUUAGUUUGAUUUUGAGGAAAGGGGGCAUUUUUUUUCUUUCUUUUACUGAUUUUUUUGGUCGAGGGGAGGGGGGGGCAGGAUAGUUCGGGUGGAAGGGAGGGUCGUCAUGUGAAUGUUUGUGUUAAGUUAUUGUAGUGAAGUUUUCUUUUUCAAAUAUAUCUAAUCUCAAGAGCAGCUGGCUAUUUCAUAUAUAACAACAAUAAUGAAUAAGAACAUUUUCUUUUACAACAAAUGUUUACUUCUAUCUUGUUAAUAGUAUAACUGUCUAACAUGGUUCCAGAAUAGCGUCUGUAGUUUGUCUCACAAAGUAGGUUCAUAAAGGCAUUUCAGAUAUGGUGAGUGCCUGUUUUAAUAACAUUUGCGUACGUAUAGCUUCAAUACUCAUCCUGUACGUUUUGUGUCUGUGUCUGUUGAGGGAUGUAAUAUUAUAUUGAGAUUAUAAAUUAUGCAUCUGCUUCUCUGUAUCAGAGAUGUGUUUUUAAUAGUUACAAUAUAUUUACCUCUUUAAUUACCGUGUAAUCAGCGACUAACUUUUCACCGCGGUGCAUCGGGUAGAGUGGUAGUCUUACGUGCCCAUGUUUUGUCAGGUUUUUUCCUUUUCUGUUGGGAGGUAAUCAUGGAAUCUCGGAAACACUCGGUGGUGAUCGUCCGUCUGUGUGUGUUUGUGCGACUGCUUGUCUGCCUCUUAGGAAUAGACGAAAGAGGUGUUUAACUGCCAGUUGUAGUCAGGAUUGUUUAAAUCGCGAUUGAUUCUGACACCCGUACUCUGCGGCCAGGGUGCUGGCCACCUGCUGGUUCCACAUUCCCCUCAGAGGCAGUCGAGGAUAUCGAGACCUACAGGAUAGACAAACAGCCCUCCACCCAAAGAUAUAGUCCAGUUGUGUGUUUAAAAUGUGCUUUUCAAGGGCAUCAGAAACUGGAACUUAUUCAUGUGGAUUUUUAUGUCUUGUGUUAUUGCGUACAGAAGAUUUUGUUGCGGAAACUUAUUCUUGAAUUGUGUUCCCCUUUUUCAUCUUUUUCUAAAUACUUAUGUUAUUGAGUCCGCAGUAUUUUGUGUAUCUUCUGGUGGUCUCGUAAUAUAUAUAUCUAAAAUUUUGAGGAAUUUUGACGUACAACAGUAUCAUAUCAUGGGCAGUCAAAAAAGACUGAGCUAAAAAAUGUACUGCACGGUCCCCCAUGUGAAGAGAUUCUGACAUACUUUUACUAACACAUUUUGACACAUAAAAAUGGUGAAUGUUUUUUAAUGUCGUGUACUUUGGUCGUUGAAAUCAUCCUGCUUGUUUGUCAGAAUCUUUGAUUUUGCUUCACGGCCUUGACAUUCUCAUCUUUGUACCUUUUGAGGGGGAGAGGUGUCACCGUUCAUGUUGCUUGGUCGUCUUCCCUCAUUUGUUAUGUUUCAUAUCGAUGCUGUAAUGCUCUAACUAUGUAGGCUAACUGCUUUCUUGAAAAAAAUUUUAACAUGACAAAAAAUAUAUCCUUCUAAUUAAUAUGAUAAGAGAAGUCACACAAGUUAAGCCAGAGUACUUUGAUAUAUUGUUUAUCGUGCUUACUGACUCUUGAUUUUUAUUGAGGACCUACAAUUCAGCCUCAGUAAUGUUUUUAGAAGAGACAAAUAGUUGGCAGUUUCCUUCCCGCUACAUCUUAGAGCAUAGCAGCAUGGAUAAACCAUUGGUGCUGACUUCAAAGACCCUAUACUAUUUCUUGUUAUGUUGCUACUGUUUGUACUUAGGUGACAGAGAUGUAUGCCGUUUGGAUUGGGUUGUUUUGACUACCAUUUAUUUCAAUUUUGCGCUUUUUGUUUGUAUUGGUCAAAUCUUUUGUAAGCAUCAAAAUGGUUAAGCUCUAUACAUCAAAAUAGUUGCACUGCAAACAUCAAAAUAACUGCUGUAACCUUCAAACAGGUUGUUACAGAUGUUUACUCCAAAGUCGCAAUCUUUCUCAAGGCACAAAAUGUACAAAUUGAUUUUGAUCUAUUCCAGAUUGUAUACCACUUUCCUAAUGUUUUACAUGGCCUGUUUGGCAGUGAAAGAUCAAAUAGAGGGGGUGUGUUGUUGUUGAUUGCUUUUUUUUUUCUGAUGUAGAUCUUGAAUCUGAGGUUAUAUUUUAAGGAAGUGGUUUUUACAGUGCUGCUACAUCUGCUGUUAUUGUGAAAAGCUUUUCUUUUUUUUAUAUUGCGCAACAAUUAUUUUUUUCUUUUUUUAGAAUAUGUAUCUGCAUGCGAGCGUGUGAUCAGUUUUCUUGACUUCACAAGUAUACCAGACUGCUACUCCUUGCUUGUCAUGAAACAAGUCGUCUCAACUGAGCUGCUUUAUUAAAUCUGUGGCCGUUUCACUCACUCAGUUCCUCCAUGUUAGGCCGGCCUAGAAACUUUCGGCUGCCUCCUUUUAAUCUGAAACAUGCUUUUUAGUGUGAAGCAUAAUCAUGAUAAUGAAACACUUUGGGUGGGAUUUCGGUUCUGUUUUGCUUUUUCAGAGUUGUGAACUGUCUGUUGUAUUAGGCCACUGAUGUUGUGAGAAAACUGCCUGGCUCUGGGAGGGGUAUUGAGGUCGAGUAAUGCACAACUUGUGAGAUUUUUCGGUGUAUUAUAUGAGGAUGGACGAUAUAUAUAUCAUGCCAUCUCUAAGAAUAUGUGCAACAUUUUUUUUCAUAAACUGUCUCUCCUUUCUUUAAAAAAAAAAAUUUGAUUUGUCUUUGAUUUGGUUUUUGUUUUUUCAUGACAAGCUGGUUGUGGGUGUGGAAUUUCAUUCUACACUUUUUAAAGCAUGAAAUGUACCAAAUUUAUUUCAAUCAAAAUUGUAGACAUCCUUUCAAAUCGUGAUUCUGGUAAGAGUGUUUACAUGUGAGGGCCUUGGAAUAUUUGUAGAAGCAUCUGUUUUUGCGACUUAUGUUUUGGUGCUUGUUUUUAAGGUCUGCUUACAUGAGUGACCUUAGAUUGUUCCUUUUACUUUGAGUCUGCGCUUUGUUGAUCAUAUUGUUUGUUCUUAGAUCUGAUCUCAAGAUUGUUUUUGUUUUUGUCUUUCCUCUUUUUGAUUUUUAAAAAAUUACCUACCCCUUCGUGCAGUACACCAUCGGACAAAUGGUAGUACCAUGCUGAGAUUUUUUGCUAUAUACAGAAAGGAAAAAGAAAAGCAUUAUUUGGCUCCUUUACUUUAUAGAAGUUUUGUUACAAAUUACAUUAUCUUUGAGAAGAUGUUGGUUUGGUUCUCAAAAAGCUUAUCAUUAUGUUGAAAAUUUCCUGCAGAGUGGAUUGAGACCCCAUUUUUAAAAAGUUUCACAAGUUGGUGAAGUUGUAAUACUUUUUAUUCUGAAGGCCUUUGGCUGUAUGGUUGUUACUUCUGCGUGGUGGUGUACUCCAUGCCCUCACUGGCUGAAGAGCACUUUGCUUUUAUAUGCAGAGUGCACCUCGGUUCAUUCAAUGUCUAUCAUUUUGUCUCUCCAUCAUUUAGACAGUUUGCUCUACCAUUCCCUCUGGCAUGAUGAUGCAGAUGUGUUCCUGCAGUGAGAAUGCCGUUUUGUUUCUCGUUAUUGUGUUGUUUUGAUCUGUUUAGUGAGAUCUUAGUCCAAUUAAAGCAUACAUUAUACAAUUUUUUAAUCAAGACUUUUGAGAAAAUUAAAAAUUGCCCAUGGUCACAGAAUAUAUGCAAGCAAUGAUUUAGAUUUUUACUUAAUGAAAUAUAAAGGUCCAUUCUCAUUUUUUUCAUUGACAACUGAUUUUUCUUUUGAGAAGCCAUCAUUUGAAGUCUUAUCAUUCUUUUGCAUUUUGAAUAUUUUAGUAGUCAUUUUGAGUUAAGACUUUAAGAAGUGUGUUGUUUUCUUGUCUUUGGUUCUUCCUUAAUGAAGGCUGUGCGGGGAUAAAAUGGCAACGUGGAAUGUAAGGCCACCUUGCGGAAUUGUUUGAAGUUUUAUGAGCCUUCAGGGGAAAACACAGCUUUUGAAAAGUACUUUAUCUAUUUAUUCCCCCCCCCCCCCCCCCCCCCUCAUUUCAUGGAAUUCCUGUAAGUAAAAUAUCUUUGUAAGAUAUUAGCUACAUGCAUUGUUUUGGCUCCAGCAGAGAGUUCUUCAUUCUUUUUACAGACCAUAUGUGCGGCAUUGCGGGAAAACCAGGUGUUGAUCAAAAUAAUUAAAUCAAAGCAACCAACAUUUUUCUGCAUGUUGGGAAAUUUUUAUUGAGUUAUUCUUUUAGACCCAAUGCCUUUUAUGUCCUUUUGAAAACACAUUUUUGUACAGGUUUUUAUGAAAUGCUGUUAAAGGCACAAAAAAUGUCCAAUUUUCAGUUCCCAAGGAUGGAAGUCACCUAACUUCGCUGCAUUUUCUCACUUAUUACAUCUCUGACACUAGGAGGCUCCCACCUCUUUCAUCACAAAUAUCUCAAUUUCCAUUCUAGAUAGAUGGGUUUUUAAAAACAUCAAAAGCAGGUUAAAUGCUCUUGCUUUAAGGUGAUAUGAUACCAGUAACUGCAUGUAAAAAAUACAAAAAAUGGUGUGCACCUGAUUUCACCGUGUAGUGACACUCAUUAUUCCUUCCCACAUGUUUUAUGUUUCAUGUGUGGUGUUUACAACCAUGUUGGCCUCGUUAGAUCACGAACCCGCAGCAUUUUUUGUUACUCUCACAUUGGAGGUUAGUCAGAAGAUCAACAGAUUGGCACUAAACUCUCAGAGUCGAAUAAGGAUGUUUUUGAUCUAUUUAAUGGGAAGAUCUGACAAUCUUGCUGCCUCUAUGCCUUAUCAUUUGUGCAUACAUACAUUUUUGUGAGAGAGAGAGAGAGUGCAUGUAUGGGCAUAUGCAUGCAUAUGUGAGAUUGUAUGUACCCAUGUUUGUAUGUAUGUGGGUAGAUAGGUGAGUGCUUAUCGACAACUUAGUGUAAGAUUUCGCUGUAUGUUGUUAUGAAAAGUGACUUAUGAAUGUAAGAUUUCGCUGUAUGUUGUUAUGAAAAGUGACUUAUGAAUGUAAGAUUUCGCUAUAUGCUGUUAUGAAAAGUGACUUAUGAGUGUAAGAUUUCGCUAUGUGCUGUUAUGAAAAGUGAUUAUGGUGGAGUCUUGCACACCUAGCAGUCGUAAUAUGCAUGCAUGUGCAUGGGUUUGUGCUUACUUGUAUGGGUAUGUGUGUGGGUGCAUGCACAUUUGUACACAACAUUGGAACGAUGAGAAGCUAGUAGUGUGGACACAUGGUUGCUAAAUUUGGAUGUUAUUUAUCACAGAUGUGAGAAUUGUUCCAGGGCUUUCUGUGACAGUGUUGUGGGGUUUUCUGUUGAUCACUGUGCCUGAGGAGCCCUGGUGCUUUAUGACAACUUCUUUGUGGGCAGCUAUGUGGGCUGCUUGGCUGCUUGUAGAAAGUUCACACGGGGGCAGCAAGUGGGAGGUGGGACGGGCCACUCUGAGGUAGAGAGCGAUUUGAUGUGGAAUGACUACCUAGUGGAUAAUUAGAGGGCUCCACUGAUAGGUCCUACUUCUUUACUUUCCCUCUCUGUUGUUUCUGUCUGUCUGUCUGUCUUACUUUUCCCCAGCACUAAAUGACCAUUAUUGUGUUGAUGUGCUUCUCUUCACCCAAACAUUAAAUGACCAGUCUUUUAAAAAAGAAAAAGGAGGAGGUUUGAGUUGUUUUUUUGUUGUUGUAGUUGGGUUUUUUGGGGAGGGGGGUGUAAUGAUUUACCCUAUUCCCCUCUUGAGCUUAUGAAAAAUGGCUUUUUCCACUUGUAGAUUGUUCCAGGGCCUUUUUCAGUCUUGGCUGUUGAGAAGUUGAUGUGUUCAGUGCUGCGACUUUUGAGACUGUUGUUUGUGAGCUACUGAGGUCAAGGGGGUUGCAGUUAUGGAAGAGAUGUGUUUGACUCUGGGAUCUUUCAUGAGCCCUUCUCUGCUUCAUUUGAAGUAAUGGUGUUGGCGUCUGAAGAAAUGCCGAAAGGCAGUCAGCAGUGAAUUUGGAAUGACUGUCAGUUAGUUGAGAAGCUUGGCAGCUCGCAUUUGUGAAUGAAUGUGUUUGCCCUUGCGGGACCUUUUGACAUUUUUAUCCAUGAACUGUUGCCACUACUGCUGUUGUUGACAUUUUUUUUUUCACCUAUGUGUAAUUUGUAUUCGUACUCGUUUUCCAGAUGUUAUCCUAAAAUAGUUUUAUCUCUAAAAAAGAAUUCAGUCUCAUACGAAUAUGCUUAUUCACCAUGUUGGUUAUUGCUUUCGUACUUACAAUUUAUUAUUAUUAUUAUAGUUAUCAUUACAUUAUAAUAAUUAUUAUUAUUGUAUUGUUAUUAUCAUUAAUUAAAUUCUUGCAAAAUA